UAAUGUUUAGCAAGCUCAGCAGGUUUGCUAGGGGAGGCUGCUAAAUGUAAACCAUUUCACAUUUGACCCGACACAACACGGGAAGCAAACACGGACGCCAAAAACAAACACAUGCCUUUCUUGGUUGUAAUUAGCGGCCGCUAUCCGCGUCAAAUCACGGCUAACUUAGCCAGGGAGAAGCUAACGUCAACUACGGUGCAAAAGUGAGCCUCCAUGCUAACUUACCGAAAAAGAGAAAGUACUCUUCCCCCCUAGUGGCGUCUUCGCCGCCGCAGUGCGCCCCAUUAGCUGCGGCGCGGCUCCACGGGAGUGCACCGCGUCUGGAGAUCCGCCAUUUCUUCAUGAGCCUCGGCGACAAAGAAAGGCAAUUAAAGCUAUUUUUCAUAACUUAAUUGAUUUUCCCAUUCGCUCUGUGAUCUGCCGGAGCAGGAACAACAAGGCGACUUCCGGUUGGGGGCACUUCACAACUAAAGCGCGCAUACGUCGUCGCGUAAGUGACGGUGUUUUUCCUGCAUUUUUGCAGCACCCUUUCAUCCACCACGUCUCAAGGAAAUAUUUGCUACUAUUAGAGCUUUAAAGAGUGUCGAAUGACGUCCGAGUCACAACACACAAGGAGACUUCGAGUUUGUUUAUCUCUGUAAGAACGCACAACCGCUGGCCAUAACAUUAGGUACACCUAAUACACUUAGCACAACUAAUACGCAUCCACACAAUUCUUGUCAAUUACAUGACGUAUUUUUCUGAAAAAACGUGUUUGAACUACGACUAGAUUUUGACAGGAUUCACGUACGAUGCAUAACUUUUGUGUACUUUUAUAGUAUAAACUAAUUCUUUUAUUUUGAAAGAGCCUCCAGACCCUGUCGGAGUUCAUGACGUUUUUAUGGAGCUGCAUUUUCGCUCUUUGUCACUUCCGGCAGCAUAUUCACGAAAUAACACCCAUUUUAAAGGCCUACUGAAACCCACUACUACCGACCACGCAGUCUGAUAGCUUAUAUAUCAAUAAAGAAAUAUGAACAUUGCAACACAUGCCAAUACGGCCUUUUUAGUUUACUAAAUUGCAAUUUUAAAUUUCCCGGGAGUUUCUUGUUGAAAAUGAUGAUGACGUAUACGUGUGACGUCACGGACUGUAAGGAAAUAUUAGCGCUGCGCACACACAGCUAAAAGUCGUCUGCUUUAACCGCACACUUACACAGUAUUUUGGACAUCUGUGUUGCUGAAUCUUUGGCAAUUUGUUCAAUUAAUGAUGGAGAAGUCAAAGUAGAAAGAUGGAGUUGGGAAGCUUUAGACUUUAGCCACACAAACACACAGUGAUUCCUUGUUUGAAAUUCCCGGAGGUGAAGCUUUCCUAUGGAUCAGAGCGGUCAAGCGAACAUGGAUCCCAAACAAAUGUCAACCAGCAGUUUUCGGUGAGAAAAUUGGGGUAAAAAGUCACCACUUACCGGAGAUCCGCUGAGCUUGUGCCGUCCAUACAGCUGCCGUCGACUUCCCUCAAGACACCCGUGGACACACCCCUCCGACUAUCAGUGUGCCACCCCUUGCUGCAAACACAUACAGCGGGUCGUCAGCGAGGUGCACGCCGGGGGAAGGCUCGCCUCACCGCGGACGCAUCGCUCUGUUUGCUACCCACCGCCCCUCCAUAACAAAUCAGCCCCGGUUCUCUGCAGCUUUACCGGGGGGGAAACGGGCGGAGGACACCGCCUGGAAAUGAGGAGGAUGAGGAUCUUCAUUGCGUCUUUAGGGGAGGAGCCAUUUGUUUAAUACGCUGCAAGGAGAGUGUGGUUUUCGUCCUGGUCGUGGAACUGUGGACCAGCUCUGUACUCUCGGCAGGGUCCUUGAGGGUGCAUGGGAGUUUGCCCAAGCAGUGUACAUGUGCUUUGUGGACUUGGAGAAGGCCUUCGACCUUGUACUGUGGGGAGUGCUGCGAGCAGGGGCGCUCACACUUUUUCUGCAGGUUUUAACAAUUACUGAGGACCCACAGAAGUCCGGUGAAGAAGAGGAUAAAGCAGGAAUCUCCCGAUGAAUCCUUACCUGUGAUGCUCCCCUCUUGACGGGGGCCACCUCCUCCCUUGUCUGCCUCCAUCGGUGCCUCUCUUCUCUCCUCCACAAACACACACACACACACACACACACACACACACACACACACACACUGCGCUUCUGCUCAUGGUCCUUGGCCUACGCUCCUCAGUUGCCGUUCCAGUCCCAGUAGACCAUGAAGAGGCCCAAACAGCAGCAGACAGGGCCCCUGAGCUUCCUCAACUUCUUCAGUCGAAAGCCCAAAUCGGAACCGAGGCCCGAAAAGAAUGUGGAGGUCCAGCCCAAAGAGGAAGUAGCCAUCACCCUCACCCUGAGCGAACACCCAGAGCCGGAAUUUGCGACAGAAGAUGCUGCAGAAUCCAAAGUACCCGGAGGCGAAGGAGAAGCCGCUGAGCCGCUGGAGGACGGCGCAGUGGCGGCGGCGGCGGCUGCUCCAAGCUGCACCGACGUCCUGUCACUCUCCUCAUCCAGCCAGGACCAGCAGGUGGACGAGCACCUGGAGGAGUGUCCCUUAUGUCUGCUCAGCCAGCCGCGUUGCAACUUCCCUAGACUUACCACCUGCUCCCACCGCACCUGCUCUGACUGUCUGCGUCAGUACCUACGCAUCGAGAUAUCUGAGAGCCGGGUGGGCAUCGCGUGCCCGCAGUGCCCUGAGACCCUGGCGCCGCUUGACGUGCGCGCCAUCCUGGAUGAUGGGGCGCUGCUGGAAAGGUUUGAGGAGUACCAUCUGAGGCGUUUCCUGGCGGCUGACCCUGACACGCGGUGGUGUCCGGCACCUGACUGCAGCUAUGCAGUCAUCGCUUAUGGCUGCGCCGAGUGUCCCAAGCUGAGCUGCGGCCGCGAUGGAUGCGACACGGAUUUCUGCUACCACUGUCGCCAGCUGUGGCACCCCAACCAGACAUGCGACCAGGCCCGACGUCAGCGAGCACGCCACGGCUCGGGCAGUAAGGACGCCUCGGCUCUGUACGUCUUCAACGAGGAGGGCGGAGGAGAUGCAGAGGAGAUCAAGCCCUGCCCCCGCUGUGGCGCCUACAUCAUGAAGACCAACGACGGCAGCUGUAAUCGCAUGAACUGCACUGUGUGCGCCUGUCAGUUCUGCUGGUUGUGUAUGCAAGAGAUCACCGAUGUGCACUACCUCAGUCCCUCAGGGUGUACAUUUUGGGGGAAGAAGCCGUGGUCGCAAACACGCAAAGUCCUGUGGCAGGUGGGCAUGCUGCUGGGAGCCCCUGUGGUAAUCUCCCUCAUAGCGGGCAUCGCUAUACCCGUCAUCAUAGUGGGCAUACCCAUCUACAUGGGACGCAAGGUCCAUGGUCGCUGUAAGAAAAACAAUAUCUCAGGAAGUAAGCACUACUUGACGGUGGCCAGCGGCGUGAUGAUGUCAGUUUUUGUGUCGCCCGUCAUAGCAGCUGUCACUGUAGGUGUAGGCGUGCCGCUCAUGUUGACAUACGUGUACGGUGUGGUGCCCAUGUCGCUCUGCAGGAACGGCUGGUGUCGACCCAACAGCGAGUCCCCUGACACACACAAGAUUCAACUGGAGGACUUGGCUAGCUACCUUCUGUUCUCUCACGUGGUCAGCGACCACUGGACGGCCCAGAGCAACCCCGUGCUCGGCGACGCCUCCGGCCUCCAGGAGGUCAGCGUGCAGGAAAGUAGCUCCCUUCCGAGCACCAGCGCCGCCACCGCCCCGCUCGGCAGCUUUUUCCCAAAGGAGGAGGAGUCGAUUGAGCGUCCCGCAUACGCCCAGGAGGACAGCCAAUCAAAGCGCACACAAGUGCUUCCUUCCAGGGACGGGACCAACAUCGAAGUCCGCGUGGAAAUCGAGACCCACCGCAGAGGCGCUCGCCAGUCCAGCCUUAGUAGCGUCCUGUCCAGCCGUAGCUUGUCCGCCGAGUCGCUGCAGGGACAGUCGGGGGCGGACGGAGGAGACAAGCCAGGAAGGGAAGAAGGGAGCGUGUUCCUUGAAACAGACCACGUAUGAUAUGAUGCACAGGGUCUACGUAGGGGAAUAUAACACCCAAUAAAAAGGGGGGCGGUGAACAGACGGAUGGACCUGCAGGCCUCGGCCCGCCUUCUGCUCCCCAGACCCUCCCACCAGAUGCCUUUAACCAAUGAGGAAGAGGAGAUACAUAGUGUGUGUGUGCUAGGAAGUUAGCAUGCCACUGCAAUCAGGAGAGCAUUAUAACCUCACAGCAUGCUAGCUGGCGACUUCAUUCAUUCACCGGACGUCUUCUUUGUUGUCUCAUCUCACCUGUAGCGACCCCCCACCCCUCAAUAAAUAAAGAGACCCUCGCAAAA